AUGGCGGAAUAUCAUCUUUCAUAUGAAUCAGAAUUGGACACCUUCCAGUUAUACUACCGAUACAAUGAACCACCAAAAGAAGACUGGCGCACCGCAGCGCUACGCGGUCCCGCUCUGCCAGCUCUUGGAAAUGCCCUAGCCGGCGCCAUGGGCUCUGCCGUAUCCAACGUCGCAACAUACCCGUUAAGCGUAAUCGUGGCGAGAUUACAGACCCGGAGACAGAACCGCGCGAACAAGUCGGACAACAAUGAGAAGGAAAAUGAAGAUGAGGACGAAGAGGAAGAUACGAGCAUUAUCAGCGCAGCAAAAGAGCUCUACCAGAAGGGCGGGUUGAAGGCAUUCUACCCCGGUCUCGCGCAGGACACAGCAAAAACAGUAGCGGAUAAUUUCCUCUUCUUCCUGGCAUAUUCGUUCUUCCGGCAACGACGGACCAGGGCUCGGUUCGGUGCGCAGCGUGCAAGAAUACAUACUAGUAUUGUUCUCCCGGUGUUGGAUGAGUUGGCUAUUGGGAUUUUGGCAGGGUCGUUUUCGAAGUUGUUUACGACGCCUCUGGCAAACAUCGUUACGAGAAAGCAGACUGCUGCGUCGAGCAAGAAGGCGAGGGAGAUUGCAGCACAGAUUAGAUCCGAAAAGGGUCUCAAGGGGUUCUGGUCGGGGUAUUCGGCUACGUUGAUUCUCACGCUUAAUCCGUCGAUUACGUUCUUCUUGAACGAGGUGCUGAAGUAUACUCUUUUGCAAGGAGAAAAGCGCUCGAAACCCUCGCCAGCUACGACUUUCUUGCUUGCUGCUCUGAGCAAAGCGGCCGCAUCGUCAAUCACAUAUCCCUUCUCGAUGGCCAAGACCCGAGCCCAAGUAUCCGGCAAUGCUAGUGUCAGCAAUAAGAAAGCCACCAAUGAAAAAACCCUCCUAAUCCUCCUCACACCCCAAAUCCUCCGAAACGUCGUCUCCAUCGCCCGCAGAGAAGGCCCGACAGCCCUCUACUCCGGCCUUCCUGGUGAAGUCUUGAAAGGCUUCUUCUCGCACGGCUUCACCAUGCUCGCCAAAGACGCCGUUUACUCCCUCAUCGUGAAAUCCUACUACCUCCUCCUUCUUGUUCUCCGCAAAUACCCGACCCCAGAAGAACUCAUCGAGCGCGCACGCGAACGAAUGGAAGAGUAUGCUGAGGUUGCUCAUGAGGGUGCGAAGGAUUUCGCAGAGAAAGCUAAGAACGGUGCCGAGGAUAUUGCGGAGAAAGCUAAGAAUGGUGCUGAGGUGAUACUGGAGUCGCAGCCGGGACAUGUUGCUGUUGAUGCGAGUUCGUAUGUUACGCCGGGGGGUAUUGAGUCGUCUUCGGCGCUUCCGAAUGAGACAGCGGACUUGCUGGGGGAUUAUGUUGGGGGUGAUGAGUGA